CAUGCGUACGUAUGGCUGUAGAGAAGUAAUCAGAACCUAUAUCGAGUGUUGGGAUUACUUCAGGGUCGCACAUCGCACACUUGUUGCUCAGGCGAUCGUAGAAGCCGGUUAUGCACAGCAGUACCGAUUGAUACAUUUAAUUUGUAAUUUACUUCGAUUUUCAAAGUACUAUUAAGAAGAAACCAUGUCGGGUGGAAAUUUAGCACUUUUAAGUGUAUCCGAUAAGACGGAUUUAUUGCCAUUUGCCAGAAAGUUACACGAGUUAGGUUUGAUUUUAAUUGCGUCUGGUGGUACGGCGAAGUCCUUGAGAGACUCUGGUCUUCCAGUGAAAGAUGUUUCUGAUAUCACCGGUGCACCUGAAAUGCUCAACGGAAGAGUCAAGACUCUUCAUCCUGCAGUUCAUGCUGGUAUACUAGCUAGACUAACAAAGUCCGACAAGGAAGAUCUCCUUAAACAGAAUUACGAGCUUAUCCGAGUGGUCGUCUGUAAUUUAUAUCCAUUUGUUAAUACCGUUGCAAAACCUGAUGUAACGAUCGAAGAUGCAGUGGAAAACGUAGAUAUCGGAGGAGUGACUUUGCUAAGAGCAGCGGCCAAGAAUCACAACAGGGUAACAGUUAUUUGUGACCCUAAAGAUUAUGAGAAAGUUUGGAAAGAAAUGGAAUCAUCUGCGAAUAAAGAUACUUCCUUGGACACGAGACAAGUAUUAGCACUUAAAGCAUUUACCCAUACAGCAGAAUAUGACAAUGCUAUUUCAGAUUAUUUCCGUAAGCAAUACAGUGCUGGUGUCUCUCAAUUGACACUGAGAUAUGGAAUGAACCCGCAUCAGAAACCGGCACAGAUUGUCACUACUUUGGACAAGUUGCCAUUAACCGUAGUGAAUGGUUCCCCAGGAUUUAUCAAUCUAUGCGAUGCUUUGAAUGGUUAUCAACUAGUAAAGGAAUUGAAAGCAGCUCUGGGUCUACCAGCUGCAACAUCUUUUAAGCACGUUAGCCCAGCUGGAGCAGCAGUCGGUGUGCCACUGGACGCAGUGCAAGCGAAAUUAUGUCAAGUCGAUGAUUUAGUUAAUCAGCUUACACCGCUUGCUACCGCUUACGCUCGCGCGCGGGGAGCAGAUAGAAUGUCAAGCUUCGGGGAUUUUAUAGCAUUGUCCGAUCCAUGCGACGAAGUUACUGCCAAGAUUAUAUCCAGGGAAGUGUCUGAUGGCAUUAUCGCACCUGGUUAUUCGGAGGGCGCGUUGAAACUUUUAAAGAAGAAGAAGAACGGCGGGUACUGCAUUCUCCAAAUUGAUCCGAAUUAUGCGCCGUCUCCUACGGAGCACAGAGUUUUAUUCGGUUUAACCCUGGAGCAGAAAAGGAACGAUGCAGUCAUCGAUAAAAGCACAUUUGCUAACGUGGUGACCAAAAAUUCGACCAGCAUUCCUGAUUCCGCUAUAAGGGAUUUGAUUGUAGCUACGAUUGCUUUGAAGUAUACGCAAAGUAAUUCGGUGUGCUACGCGAAGGACGGACAAGUAAUUGGAAUUGGUGCGGGCCAGCAAUCGCGAAUUCAUUGCACGAGACUGGCUGGCGAUAAAGCCGACAAUUGGUGGCUUCGACAACAUCCUAAAGUUACCGAUAUGAAGUUCAAGAAGAGCACGAAACGGGCAGAAAUAUCGAAUGCUAUUGACAACUAUGUGAACGGAUCAAUUGGGAAAGAUAUGGAUGAAGCUACUUGGGCAGCGAUGUACGAACAGGUUCCGCAGAAACUUUUGGAAAACGAUAGGGUAGAAUGGAUAAAAAAACUGGAUAAUGUAGCCUUAAGCAGUGAUGCUUUCUUCCCAUUUAGAGACAACGUGGAUAGAGCUCGAUUGAGUGGUGUUAAAUACAUUGCGAGUCCAUCUGGUUCAGUCAAUGACGAAGGAGUAAUACAAGCUUGCGACGAACACAAAAUUACAAUGGUUCACACCAAUCUGCGAUUGUUCCAUCAUUAAAUGAAACUGUAAAAGUUAAUUGCAGUUAUAAUGUUAUACAUAAUGUAUGGCAUGAUGUCACAAACAAGGAAACAGUCAAUCAUUGACAAAAGUCAAUCAAAGUUCAAUCAUUUUAGCAAAUAAAACAAGUAUGUUUGGAAUAAUGAGAUUGUUUAUAUAAAGUUAUCGAUGUACGUUCAAUAUAAGAAAAUAAAUAAAAGGUUCUGUAUACGUA